AUGUCAAGCCACCAGAACAAUAAGCCGAUAUUAGAUAGCAGUUGGAUCAGUUCGUUCCUCGGGAUCAAGGGCAACGAGUUCCUUUGCCGCGUGCCUAUCGACUACAUUCAGGACCCGUUCAACCGGACGGGCCUAGAGUUAUUCCCCCAGACACUGGACGUGUUCCUGAAUCUGGUGUUCGACCGUUCUACGGACUGGGUCUCCGGAGAUGAGGAAAAGCUGUACGGCAUGAUUCACGCCCGAUACAUAGUGUCGAAGCGUGGC